CUUCCUGCUGCUAACUUCACUUAGCUCUGUAAACAUUGUUUUGACUGUUAAAAUGAACGAUGAAGAGGAGUCUUUUGUUUAAUGUUCGCAGUGCUGCUUUAGUUUUAUUUGGGUGUUUUACAGUUUACGUCGUUUGGAAUUUAAAAGAGAGGAUGUCCGACCAGACGUUGGACUAUUUCUUGAGUCGGAUAAAGAAGAAGGACGCUGCGGAGGUCAGGUGGUCGCACGCUGUCAACAGCCGGAGCCGGUUGUCGGAGGUCCUCUCGGGUGCCACUCAUAUGAUUGAGGCCGACAUAAUCAUGAGAGGUUAUGACCCCAAAGAGCCAAUCAUGGCGCAUCCCCCUGACACAGACAGUGACAUCACCCUGAGGGAGUGGCUGGAAGGAGUGAAGGCGCACGAUAAGGGAAUAAAACUAGACUUUAAGAGCCUGGAGGCGGUGUCUCCGUCUGCGGUGCUGCUGGAGGAGGCGCUGGCAGAGCCGAGUCGUCCCGUGUGGAUCAACGCGGAUAUCCUCUCUGGUCCUGGGGGGCAGGCCAGACCUCUGGAGCCUCAGGCUUUCCUUUCUGCUGUGAGAACUCUACCCACUCACACCGUGCUCUCUCUUGGGUGGACUACAGGAUGGACCGCUGGGACAGAUAACCCAGGUUACAGCUGGGAUAUGGUGCAUGCGAUGGAGGAGAUUUGUAGAACCCUUAAACAUCCAGUCACCUUCCCAGUGCGGGCAGCUCUCCUGGCCCAGUCGUUCUCCCAGCUCGCAUGGCUGCUGAAGCAGUCAGACAGGUACACUUUAACAGUGUGGACCGGCCAGAGUGAUGAGUUCACACUACAGGACUUACUGCCCUACAGGAGAGAGUUUGAUAGCAGUAAGAUCUACUACGACUUGCCGGACUCUCUAAGGACCGAGCUCAGUAUGACCUUGCGUGACAAUAACUGAAUGUCCACUGCACACACAUUCUGAGAGUAGUGACUCUGACAGCAGACUGAUGCCCACAGGUGGAGAGAGGAAAGUGGAACUUGCUCUGCAAAACUUUUCCUGUAGUUCCUCUGCCAUCGACCAGAAUCAUAAUAUGCUACAGCAGUUAUUCCUGAGCUGCAGUCUGGACCACCCAAUACAUUUUAGGGGUCACGUGAGGAUUAAUAAGAUAGAAGUGUAGCAAGUCUUCCUACAACUGUGGGUUCCCCCAGCACACAAUCUUAGCAUCACAAGUCAGUUACUCAACACAAAUGUUACAGCUCUUUUGAGGCUACUAUAGUCCUCUUCCAAAGUCCGUGACGGUUCACUCCAGACGUCGUUUCUGGUUUGUGUGGUGCGGCCAACUCAGGUCCAGCACAUUACUGCAUUAAGAGAGGAGCAGCUGAGAUCCUCAACUCACCUGGUACUGCUCUCACCAUCCGUCCCCACACCUCUCUCUCUCCUGCAGCUGAGGGUAAACCACACCCACCUCCACAGAAAAGAUGAAGAAAAAGUACUUCCAAUGCACAAAGGAUGCUUAUAUUUUAUAACUUUUCUCUAAUGGUUGCUUUUCCUUGUGAAGUGGCCUCUAAAUUUGUUAGUGACUACGUUUACAUGCACAAAAUAUUCUGGUUUUUGCUCCUACUAAGGUCAGAGAUAUACUUGUGUAUGAUGGCUACCUUGGAUAACAUGUUCUGUUGCAAUUUGGAAUAUUGAUCUUUGUAUCUCAAAUCUUAAAAUGUAAAGUAACUACUAUCUAAAGCUGUGAAAUAAAUGUAAUUGAGUGAAAUUUUCUAUCACUGUUUUUGUUCAUUAUGUCUUCUUUUCAUGUGAAGCACUCUACCAUACUGAUGACAGAUGACUUUAGAAUAUUUUGAAAAAUAUUAUAGUGAUGUUAGAAGUUACAUACAUAGACUGUAAAGUAUCUAGUUCACUGUAAAA